AUGGCCGUCGCGGUUGCGCACGCGCUCAUUCGGACCAUACGCGGGCGUUCCGCCAACUCGCCAUCGCCUUCCUCAUACCCUCCCGACGAGUCUCCCAGCGUAGCCCAGGUGCUUCCCGGCGGUCUCGUCUUUGAAUCGCACCAAGACACCGACAUCUACAGUUCAGCCUCGCGGCGACGUUCUUCGUCGGCCUGGAAUGGUUCCGCGACCGACACCGCCCAACCGCAGCAACCGCCACCACCACAAUUGGACCCCGUUGACGAACGCUCGCUCUCCGUAGCGACCGCCGUCAUUGGCCUCAUCGCCGCGUCCCACCACACCUUUCACGACAUCCAGGACAUCAACUUUGCGCCGCGCACCCUCACCGCCAGCCUGCAGACGCUGCUCGGCACGACCAAGUCGCUCAAGCUCACGGCGCAGCUCGCGUACAAGUGGCUGCGGCGCGUCGAGACGACGCAAGCGCUGCCGUACGCCGACCGCGCCGCGCUCAUCGAGGUCGACGCCGUCAUAAUCAUUCUGGCCGAGGCGGCCGAGGCCGUCUCGGAAGCAGGCAACGUGCUGGUGGAGAUUGUGCGUGAGGCGACGGACGCGGCGGCGCGGAUAUCGGACGUGGUGCCCAAGCAUGCGCCAGCGAUUCUAAACGUGAGCGAGCGCAUCGAGCGCGUGGAGCAUCUACUGUCCAAGCUCCUCGUUAUUCUACAAAUAAGCUCCCUCCCCGAGGCCUUGAGCGCCCGCGCCACCAUCGACACCUCCCUCGCGGUCAUCAUGGGCGAAAACGCCGCCCUCGCCGAGUCCGUCCGCUCCAUGCCCGACGUGUUCAACGCCCGCGGCCUCGUGCCCCCCGAGCGGCUCGCCUCCAUCCACGCGCGCCCGCCGCCGAGCUACAGCGUCCCCGCGCCGAGCGUCCCCGAGGCGCUGCCCGACUACAGCGCCGCGACGCAGUCCGACACGCACCCGGACGGCUCCGUGACGAUCCGGCCGCUGGGGUGGUCCGUGUUUGCGUCGCUGACGCUGGCGGACCUGUGCAUCCUGUCGCUCGUGCCACUGCCGUUUUGCUCCGCCGAGCUGCGCUACGGCGAGUUCUACACGGAUGCCUUCUCGCGCAGGGUCGACCCGCAGCUCGCGGAGCUCAUGGAGCGCCCGGCCAAGCAAAAGGCGGCGCAGCUGGCGAGCAUCCUCGGGUCGCGGUCCGAGGCGGUGGCCAUGACGGACAAUGAGAACUUUGCGCGGAGGGUCGGUAUGGAGGUGGAAAAUCAGAUGACGAGAGAUGGACGGCCGCGGUUGCGGGCGCAGCCGAACUUGAUUAUUGGAGGGCCGUGA